AGUGUAUAGAAAAAUCUCGCCGAGAGACGAUCGAUUCCUAAUACACCUGGAUAUAUUCCUCUGUCAACCUAGACUAUUUUAUUUACGAUAUUUUUAACGUUUUUCUCACUGGAUAACAACGUCGAUCGGCGAUUUGAACGCAGUAAUAUCUGAACAAGAAGAAGGGUUAAGAGCUGUUGUAUAACGACUAUGAACAAACAAGGGUGAAGUGUUUAAAUAAUCGUCUUCAAUCGCGGAUGCUCUCCACCGGCUUUGUUCGACAUGGACAUUACUUGCCAACGAGAACCAAUAAUGAGAAAGGCUCUGCCAAAAAGAACUUUAUUUUUAUUUAUUUCACUUAUAAACAUUCUCAUUGUUCGAAGUGAGGAGACAACAGCAUUUGCAGUUGACAACAAGCAAGAAUUCAGCGUUGAAGAGGAGCAACGUUCUGGAACUUUUGUUGGUAAUAUAUCAAUUAUAGAUGGAUUAGAAUAUAGGUUUUUCGAGGAAUCCGAAUAUAUAAAAUUGAACUCUAAAACGGGCGAACUUCGAACGUCCAAAAUAAUUGAUAGGGAAUCUUUGGAUGAGGACUAUAUCGAGUUAUUCGUUCAGUCCAUACCGCCGAAACACUUGAUAGAACUCAGGAUUCAUGUAAAAGAUAUCAAUGAUAAUUCGCCUGUUUUUCUACAAUCUCCUCAAACCGUUUUCUUCUCGGAAGACGAUCGACAAUAUACCCAAAUUCUAUUGCCAACAGCAACCGAUAGGGAUUCGGGCAAAAAUGGCGUCACAACAAACUAUCAAAUAGUAAACGGUAACGAAUUAAACCGUUUCCGACUGUUAACUCUAUUGACAGACUCUAAACCUUUGUUAUAUGUUGAAAAUACUCAAAAAUUAAAUAGGGAAGAACAAUCUGAAUACGUUUUGAACGUUUCCGUUGCAGAUGGAGGAGAUGUACCAAGAUACGGUUUUUUAAAAGUGAUAGUUCGUGUUACGGAUGUCAAUGAUCAAGAACCAAUCUUCGAUCAAAGUGAUAUCGUUGUAUCUGUUAACGAGACAAUUCCGCCGGACAGUUAUCUGGCUACUGUCAGAGCAACUGAUCAAGACGAAGGAGAGAAUGCUAGAAUCACAUACUCUAUUCAAGACGAUCAGCAUGAUCAGUUUCGAAUAGAUAAGGACACUGGUGAAAUAUGGUCAAAGAAAAAGCUUCAGUGUUUGAUAAGUUGCCAAUUUUCAACUGAUAGUAAUUGUUUUGAACGUUCUUGCGUUGUCACGCUAAUAGCAACAGACGGCGGUAAUCCGCCAUUCGUUAACAGAGCGUUUCUAACCGUCAGACUACUUGACGUUAACGACAAUAUACCGACUAUAAAAGUUACAUAUCUACCUACUAAUGGUGAUUUUGGAAUUAUAGAAGAAUCAGCUAACGCUAGUUCUACAGUUGCCAUAGUUACAGUUACAGAUAACGAUGAAGGUCUCAACGCACAAACGUCGUUGAAAAUUUCAUCAGGAAAUGAGAAGAAUCAGUUCUCUCUAAAAAAAGUCUUCGACACUUACCUUAUAAAGGUUAAUGCAACUCUCGAUAGAGAAAAGAAGGAUAAAUAUAAUCUAACAUUAUAUGCUCACGACAAUGGUACUCCUAGAUUGUCUUCACGUUUUCACGCUAUCUUCCAUAUAAUAGAUAUUAACGAUCACAAGCCAGUGUUUGAAAAGACUGCAUACAAUGCAGUUCUAACAGAGAAUUCACCUAUUGGAAGUUCGGUUGUAAGCGCUACAGCAACUGAUGGUGAUAGUGGAAAAAAUGCUGAGUUAACUUAUAGAAUACUAUCAGGAAAUGAUUACAAAUGGUUCAAAAUUGAUCCUGAAACUGGAUUAAUAACUACAGCUGCACGUAUGGAUUAUGAAAAAGAUAAUACUAUAGAUUUAACUAUUGAAGCGAGGGAUAAAGGCAACAAACCAUUUUCUACAACGGUUAGUUUACAAGUUCGUCUGCUAGAUGUAAAUGAUGAAUACCCUAUAUUUAGUAAUAAUAAUAUUACUGUUACUAAAUCGGAAAACAUAAGAGUUGGAAGUUUAAUCUACGAAUUUCGAGCAGAAGAUCGGGAUUCCGGAAAGAGUGGUUUAGUAAGGUAUAAGUUUGGUAAAUCAACCGACUUGUUCAAUCUUGAUAAAUCGAAUGGCCGUUUAACGUUAAAGAAAUCUUUGGAUAGAGAAAAAGUGGCUAUUCACCGUUUAAAGGUGGUAGCAUAUGAUCAGGGUCAACCUUCCCUGUCGUCGACCUCUUCUAUCACAAUAAUAUUAAGUGACGAAAACGAUCACUCUCCAAUAUUUUAUCCUUUAAAAUAUUUUGUUACUCUUCGCUUUUGCGAUUCAAAAGCCCGUGUAACACGACUAUUCGCAAACGAUAAGGAUAAUUCAACAAACGGUACGAUAGCAUUUACUAUACAACCUAUCGAUAAUCGUUUUAGAAUUGAUGAUAAUGGUGUUUUAUGGACGAAUAAUGGUAUUUGUCAAUCUGGACGUAUUGCAGUAAAUGUAAAUGCACGUGAUGGCGGUGGGAGACAAUCUGAAAGGAGAGCUACAGUUUUUGUAUACGUUUCUAAUGUGAAAAUUGAUCCGAUAGUUUUUACGAGGGAAACAUUCUCUUUUACCGUUGACGAAGACUACGAUAGAAAUUCAAACUUUCCCAUAAGAACUAUAGGUCGAAUCUUAUUACGCGAUUCGAUAAUAGGAGUAGAAUUUCAAGUUGUUAAUGGCGACGAUUCUGGUUUAUUUCAAAUUGAUCGAAAUGGGUAUUUAAAAUCAACUAAUAAAGGAUUAAAUGCCGAUCAACAGAAAUCUUUUUCGCUAAUCGUUGUUGCAAGUACAAGAACCAGUUACGGAGAGGUCACAGUUCGAGUAGAUUUGAACGACUUAAAUGAUAACCCUCCAACCUUUGAUCAACAAGAGAGUGUAGUUAAUCUGUCAGAAGACGCCGCUGUUGGUCAUCAUGUCUAUAAAUUAGGUGUUACUGAUAAAGAUAUUACACCCGUAAAUUCUCAGAUAACCUAUAGUCUUCAAGGUUCCGAUAGAUUAGGCAUAUCGUCAGAUGGAUUACUAUACGUAAAGAAAUUGUUAAAUUAUACACCUGGCAAGGAACUAAAUGUGAAAAUUACUGCAUCAGAUGGAAAGCAUUCCAGAGAAGGAACUGUAAAGGUGUUAAUUGUCGAUUCCAAUGAUAAUAAUCCUGAAUUUGAAAAGGCGGAAUACGUUUUGGCGAUUAGUGAGAAAAGCCAACCGAAUAGUGUUAUAUUAGAAAUGAAAGCAAGCGAUCAAGAUUCGGGUAUUAAUGCUCGAUUAAACUACGUAAUUGAAAGCGGAAACUAUGAGAAUCAAUUCGGCUUAUUCCCCGAUGGACAAUUAUACGUCAAGAAAGCGUUAGAUAGGGAAUUAAAAGCAGAUUAUAAAUUAAUAGUACGUGUUAACGAUAAUGGUCAACCUGAUCGAAGUAGUACAACUGUCGUAAAGAUUCAUUUAAUUGACGAAAAUGAUAAUGCUCCAGCUUUUCCUAAAUCUAUAAAGUUUUCCGUUCAAGAGAAUAGUCCAAUCUAUAGUUUUAUCGGUGUUCUUAAGGCUACUGACCCAGACGAGGGACGUAAUGCAGAGAUAACUUACAGUUUCGAGGAAAAGAAUGAGUCGCGUUUCGGUAUUGAUCCUACUAAAGGCGUCGUAUGGACUAGACAAGUAUUUGAUCGGGAAUCAAUAAAUACUCAUAUCCCAAUCGUUGUUGUUGCCGAAGAUCAUGCUACAUUGGAUAGUAGAAAAAGUUCGUCUGCAACUAUAGAAAUUUAUGUCACCGACACGAACGAUAAUCCACCGAAAUUUGAAAAGGAUUUCUAUAAAAUUUCUUUACUGGAAUCAACUGAAAUCGAUGUAUCGAUUUUUAAAUUAAUUGCUACAGAUCCUGAUGCUGAUGAAAAUGGUAAUGUUGCAUAUGAUAUUUUAUACGGCGAUAGGGAACUGUUUAGAAUAGAUGCUCAAAGUGGAGGACUAUUCUUAAACGAACAAUUGGAUAGGGAGAAAAAAGAUGAGUACAGUUUAACUAUCAUAGCUAAAGAUCAAUCACGAACUAACCCGUUAAACUCUACUUGUAAUAUCAGAAUAAGUGUACUAGAUUACAACGAUCAUCGUCCAGUCUUUGAUAAAAAUUCCUAUUCAUUUUCCUUGAAGGAGAAUAUACCUGUCGGCUCUUUUGUAGGCCAAAUUCGAGCCAUUGAUAAAGAUAUUGGCGUGAAUGGUCUUGUUAAAUAUGAUCUUGUAAGAAUGGAUGACAAUGUUUUCGAUUUAGAGAGGGAAAGUGGACGUCUAUAUCUAAGUAGACAUCUGGAUUUCGAAUUAAAAACAUUUUACAUGCUGAAUAUAUCCGCCUACGAUAAUGGAAAUCCCAGAAAAACCAGUUUUGUAGCCUGUAAAAUAUCGAUUAUUAACGAAAACGAUAAUCAACCAAAGUUUCCAAUAUCAUCAAUUAUUAAAACAAUCGACGAAGGUCAAGAUGCUGGUAAAUUUGUUGCUUAUGCUACAGCAACUGAUAAAGAUGUAGGAUCAAAUCUAAAAUAUUCAUUGGUUCGUCAAGAACCACCUGGAAACGAUUUUAAUAUCGAUGAAAAUACCGGUAGAAUUGUGACAAAGGCCAUUUUGAAUAGAGAGGAAAUUGAAAGUUAUAAGCUUGUUGUAGAGUGUCAGGAUGGUAAAGAUUAUAGAAUUGAAAAGAGCGUUGUAGUCCUUGUUGGAGAUGUAAAUGACAAUCCACCGGCAUUUAGAUGUUGGCGAACAGCUAUUGUGAAUAGAAGAAAUUCAGUGGGUAUUAAAUUCUUUAAGGCGACUGCUAUCGAUCCAGAUCUUAACGCCGAUAUUGCAUAUGAACUCAAGAAAGGUAGCGAAUAUUUUGAGAUAAAUCGUUCAGAUGGAACAUUAAGCGUGCUAAAUUCCUUAAACAACGCACCAUUGAAAAUAACAGUUAGGAUAAGGGCCUUUAAUCCAGGCUCUAGUCAAUCUGUUGAAGAAGAUUUUCAAGUAAUAGUUGCUGACUCGAUGACUGAAUCAUUUUUCUCUAAAUCCGUUUAUUAUGGACAAUUAUAUGAAAAUGAGAUGCCUAAGGAUAUAGUUAAAUUAACGACUACAACCGAAGUAGACGAAUUCCUCGCCUUUGGGAAUGAUCAAAGAGGAGUAGGUCAAUUCGAUGUCAUUAUAAAUGAUGGGAGAUUAAGAAAUACUAAAGAAUUAAAUAGAGAGGAUUCAAAUCUAUUGAAUGGUAUAUUAAUCGAAGUUGCUGGGGUAAAAUAUUCAUCUGGUAAAGCAUCAGUUGGCAAGACAAAAGUACGCGUCACCGUUCUGGAUAGAAAUGAUAACGCUCCCAAAUUUGAACAAUACACCUACACGGUUGAAAUUCCUGAAGACGCUAAAAUCGAUUACGUAGUGGCAUCUUUGAAAGCGAAAGACGCCGAUAGUACAUCGUCUAUUAUUACCUACGAUCUACUAAAUAAUGCCGAUUCGAAACUAUUCAAGAUAGAUGAACGCGAAGGCGUUAUCAAAUUACAAAGAUCUAUAGAUUUCGAAACUAAGAAGGAGCAUAAAUUGACGGUUACUGCCUCUGAUGGAAGUUUCAGCUCUUCGGCCGACGUAAUAAUUCGCGUUGAGGAUGUAAACGAUUUAACGCCUGCAUUCAAGUCGAAAAUCUAUUCCUUUGACGUUGCCGAACACUUUGAACCAGUUGUAAGGAUUGGGCAAGUUAAAGCCGACGAUGGAGAUUCGGGCGUAAAUGGACAAAUAACCUAUUCGUUUAUAACUACUUAUGCUCGAGACAAAUUUUCGAUGGACGGCGAGUCCGGAUCAAUUAGCUUAAUCGGUAAUCUAGACUACGAACAGACGAAAUUGUAUAUAUUAGUUGUUGAGGCGAGAGAUAAUGGAAGAAAUGUUGUACUAUCGUCAACAGCAUCAGUCUUUAUUAACGUUUUAGACUCGAACGAUAAUAAACCCACAUUCAAUCAAUCAACCUAUUCAACAACUGUCAAGGAGCGUUCACAAAUCGGUCAAUUCGUCCUCAACAUCACGGCAACUGAUGUAGAUGAAGGAGAGAAUGGUGCUAUAAAAUACUCUAUUACCGAUGGUAAUGAACAAAACUGCUUUCAAAUUGGCGAUAACAAUGGAAUAUUAAAGAUUGCUGAUGAAAUUGAUAGGGAAACUAUUUCAGAGUUUCGCCUCAUUAUUACUGCAACAGAUAGAACUAGUCCAUUUUACACGUCUACCGCAAAAGUUAUUAUUAAAGUUGAGGAUAUUAAUGAUGAACCACCAUUGUUAACUAUCGAUAAAGAGCUUAGAGUUUCAGAGAAUAUGCCAUCUAAUACUUUAGUUGAUAAGCUUACUUUUGUGGAUAGAGAUAUCGGACCGCAUCACGUAAGGUUUUCCUUAAGGAAUAAUGGUGGGGGAAAUUUUAAAAUUGAUCCCAAGAUGGGAAACCUGCUAACUACAAGGAAAUUAGAUUACAAGAAAGCAGAUAAAUACGAAUUAUUGGUAAGAAUAGAGGACGCCAAUAAACCAGAUUUGAAAUCCGAGUCGAAAAUAAUCGUACGAGUAAAGGAUGAAAAUAACUAUACACCUUUCUUCGUUAAAUCUUCUUAUUCGGCUGAAAUAUCUGAAGCAGCCGAUACGGGUACAACAAUAAUAAGCGUGAAGGCUAAUGACGAAGAUUCGGGAUUAAAUGGACAAGUUCGCUAUUAUAUUACUGAGGGAGAUGACGCUUCAGAUUUCCUUCUAGAUAGUCAUUCCGGUUCAUUAACUGUUAGAGAUAGAUUGGAUAGUGAAAGAGCUGAUUUUUAUAAUUUAAGGGUAGUAGCUAAAGAUAUGGGGGAAAGAUCAAAAAGCUCUACUGUUAUGUUAACAGUGAAAGUGACAAGUUCUUUCUUAGACAUGCCAACAAUAAAGAAUUCCCCCAUAAGGGCAAAAGUAUUGGAAGGACCUUCUUCUGCUUCUGUCGACGUUGUUCAAGUACUGGCUUCGUAUACCAGCGGUAAACCGUUGGAACAGGUACAAUUUGCCCUUCAGAAAGGAGAUUUAACUCUAUUCGGAAUUAACGAGAAAACGGGUUUAAUCUAUACAAAGAAGGAAUUGGAUAGUGAAGAGAAGGAUGAAUAUAAGCUUGAAGUCUUAAUAAUAACUGGAGCACCUGGCAAACCGACUUUAACUGGAACUGGAAUUGUCGAAAUUCACGUAGAGGACGCUAAUGAUAAUGAUCCGAUAUUCAUUACCGAUUCUUAUACAGCUGAUGUUAUUGAAAAUGCACCUGGUGUAACAUUUAUAACUGUUCAAGCUGUCGAUAAAGAUUUCGGAAAAAAUGGAAGGAUUACUUAUUCGCUUAGCAACUACCAAAGAGAAUUUCAAAUGAACGAAGUGAAUGGAGAAAUAUCAACUCGUAUAGGCCUUGACCGAGAAGAGAAAGCUGAAUAUAAUUUAAUAGUAAAAGCUAAAGACAAUGGCGACAUCUACCGGAUGAGCAUGGCAACUGUAUUGGUUCGUGUGAGAGAUUUCAACGACAAUACACCAAAAUUCUCGAUGGGUGAAACUUUUCGCGUGAAUGCCCCAUUGAAUGCAGACAAACCAGCGGCUAGUCUAUCAGCAUACGAUGAAGAUUUAUACGAAAAUGGAACAUUACAAUUCUCAAUAUUAGAUUAUAAUUCAAAUUUAUUUAAUUGUAAUUCAAAAACUGGUUUAAUUACUGCAAAGAGGAAAAUAGAUACUGGAGAAUAUCAAUUCAAAGCCAUUGUAGAGGAUGCGGCAACCGUUAAGCGAUCGACUGAGUUAAUCGUAAAAGUAAUUGUAAGAACACCGAAUACCGCCGUACCGGACUUUUCUCCUAACACAAAGACAUCGUUUAGCUUACGGGAAGACGAGGACAUUGAUAAAGUAUUUUAUACAAUCAAAACCACUCAAUCUAAAGGUAUUUUCUACCGAAUUAUUGGUGGCAAUUUGCAAAAUAUCUUCUAUUUGCACCGAAAUACUGGUGAACUGUCCUUAAAAUGUCCCUUAAAGUCUGUUCAAAUAUCAAAAUAUCAAUUAUUAAUUGAAAUAUUUAAUGAAAAUGAGGGAAGAAACUGGAGAGUAUUCAAUAUCAAUAUUCAAGAUGUUCUCAAUACUCCGCCCAUGUUUGAUCAAUUAUUAUACAAGAGAAACUUCACCGAAACACUUGUCGGUGAAGUUCUAACCGUUUCAGCAACUGAUAGAGAUUCGGGAUUAAAGGCUAAACUCGCCUAUUCGAUUCAAAGUGGAAACGUCGAUAAUAAAUUUAGUAUCGACUCGGAAGAUGGUUCUCUUAGCGUUCAUAGAGCGCUAGAUCGGGAGAAAGUAUCCUUUUAUCGCCUAGUUAUCGUAGCUACCGAUAAUGGACAACCCAAAGAAACUGGAAGUUGUACAGUUGAAAUAAAUGUUCAAGAUGUUAACGACAAUUAUCCAAGAUUUACCCACAAUUCCCGUACAACUGUAUCUGAAAAUGUCGGUAUAGGUUCAUCAAUUGUACGAAUUACCGCCUCAGAUCCAGAUUUAGAUAAACAAUUACGCUAUCAGUUGAUCACUAAUCCCUCAAAUACUUUUGAUAUCGACGAAAUAACUGGUAUUGUAACAGUUGUUAAACCAUUAGAUUAUCUUCAGUACCAAUCCUAUUUUAUACGUAUUUCGGUUGAGGAUGGAGUCUAUCAGCAAACUACAACAUAUCAAAUUAAAGUUGAAGAUACAAAUAAUCAAUCUCCAAAAUUCAAAGAUGAUCUUUAUUCAUUUAACGUUAUUGAAAAUUCAAAAGUUGGAACAUUUGUUGGAAAAGUAUCGGCAACUGAUGCUGAUACUAGCAAUUUAAAUUCAAAAGUACGCUACUCCUUUAAAACUCCGACUGAAAUAUUCUGGAUAAAUAAGACAACCGGAGAGGUUUUUACAAGAGAUGAGAUCGUCAGAAAUGAAUUAGUCGAAGAAGAAAAUAAUCAUGAAUUAAUCGUCUCCGCUUUUGAUUUUGGGGAACCUGUACUCUCCGGUCAAGCUCAAUUAAUUAUUUCAAUCAAGAAAAAGAAUACAAGACCACCAACAUUUGAAAAGUCUUCUUAUUCAACUGCUGUUGAAAUUGACGCUAAUACUGGUACUGUUAUAUUUAGAGUAACGGCUACUGAUCAAGAUGUUCCAAUCGUCUAUAAGAAAGUUAAUGAAAAUAUCGAUACGGAUAGAUUCCAUCUAAAUCCGUCAAAUGGAGAGAUAACAUUAGCGUCAUCAGUAAAGGAUUUGAUCAAUAAGAUAUUCGUUCUAAAGAUAGAAGCUUCCGAUUCUGGCAAUCCCGUAUUAAAAUCUAUUUGCGACGUUUCUAUUGAAGUUGUCCCUCCCAAUGAAAAUGCUCCCAAAUUCACUGGAUCGAGUAGUUUUAGAGUUGAUGAAGACAAGCAAAGAGGUUUCCCAUUCGGUUUGGUGAGUGCAACUGAUCCAGAUGGAACUAGUGUUACUUUCGAAUUGGAAGGAACUGAGCUUUUCUCCAUAAGCCGCAGCGGAAAUUUAAUUGUACUGUCGGACUUGGAUUACGAAAAGAAUACUUCACACACUUUUAACGUUAUUGCUACAGAUACAGAUCCUGUUCCCUUAAAGUCUAAAAGAACUAUAACAGUUUUCAUUAACGAUGUAAACGAUAAUCCACCAAUAGUUAAUCCAAAUCAGAUAAUUAAAGUUUCUGAAUUAACAUCACCUAAUCGAAUUAUCCAUAGAUUAAACUUUACGGAUUUAGACAGUGAAUCCAAUUCCGUAACGGAUUUCUUUUUAAUUGGAGACAGUAAAGCCUUAACGAUGUUUAACGUCAAUCGUACAAACGGGGAAGUAAAAACAAUUAAGGCUCUUGAUUAUGAGAAAGAAACAACGUAUUCCCUUAUCUUCAAAGCUACUAAUCCUGGAACGUCUUUGAGUUCAACUUCUACAGUUAAAUUGGAAGUACUUUCAGAUAAUGAAUAUGCUCCAAAAUUCAAAAAUGAAGAAUAUAACUUUAUAGUUAGUGAAUCUGCCAAACCUGGUCACGAGUUAGGAGUUGUAGAAGCGACCGAUAACGACAAAGGAUUACACGGAUUUAUUAAUUACUAUCUAGUUGGCGAUAGUAAUGCUAAAGGUUUUACAAUAGAUCACAACACAGGAAAGAUAACGAUAUCUUCAUCAGUUGAUAGAGAGUCAUCUGCUACAAUUAAAUUAAUAGUAAUAGCGAAAAAUCCUGGUCCUAUAAAUGAAAAACUAGUUGACUAUUGUACUGUUCAAGUAUCUGUAAGAGACGCAAACGAUUAUCCAAAAUUCGUUCAGAAAAUCUUCCAAGGACGUAUUAUGGAGAACGUCCAACCGGGAGCUUACGUUGGAAAGGUAACGGCAACUGAUAAUGAUAUAAGGCUAUUGGAUAGAACAUUCUUGUAUUCACUGGGUAUUGGUGACAGCGAAUCCCUAUUCCAAAUCGACUCAAACGAUGGAACUAUUAGAUCUAGGGCCACAUUCAAUCGAGAGCUAACGGAAAGCUAUUCCAUAAGAGUACUAGCAAUUGAUAGAGGAGUACCACCCAUGACAGGCUCCGCCACCAUGAUUGUAACCGUUGAAGAUACUAAUGAUGAACCGCCUUAUUUCGAUCCUGAAUAUCCUAUCGGUUAUGUAACGGAGAAUUCUGUACCUGGUUCAGAGGUAGUUAUAGAUUUAAAGUUAUUCACUAAAGAUAAAGACUUGGAUCCGAAUAGAGGACCGUAUAUAUAUGAACUAUUAGAUCAAAAGGACAAGCUAAACAUAGACAAAGGCGUUGUCGAGACAAGGGUCAAUUUAAAUAGAGAGGAAUUGGAAUCUUUCGAUGCAACAGUGAAAGUUCAAGACUCCGGAAGUGGUCAACCACAAACAUCAACAUUAACGUUCAGAGUUGUGGUCAAUGAUGUAAACGACAAUCCAUCUACAGAACGUUCGGCAACCAUUAUUAUCAAUGUCUUAGAUAAUGAAUUCGAUGGAGGUAUAAUUGCAGACGUUCGACCACUAGACAUUGAUAAAGUGGGAAAUUUCCAAUGCUCAUCUUUAAAAUCCGAUUCAUCAGAUUUAACCCUUUUUUCAAACUGUUCACUCGUUUCUGCAAAAACCACAAACUUUAAAAGUUUAAACAUCAAAGUUAACGGUAACGAUAGUAUACAUGGUACUGUUACAUCUACAUUUAGCAUCAAUUGGAAAUCGGUUAGCAAUGACGCAGCAGAAAAAUCACUUAUCAUUCAAUUAGCAACACCAGCUGAUGAUUUCUUUAGUAGGAACUACGUAAAUUUUGUCAGAGCAGUUGAAGAUAUAGUCGAUAAAACGGGAAAAUUAAUUAUUCUAAGUGCAAGGGAUGCUAACGAAGAAGGAACGGAACUAACUCUCGCCUACCAGCUUACUUCCGGCAAUUAUCUAUCAUCUGUUCAAUUUAAUAACAUAUUGAGGAAUAAUAAGAGAUUGUUAGAAAAUAGGGUUGGUCUCGUUGUUAAACGAACCAACGCCGAUCCUUGUUACGAUAAUCCAUGUAAGAAUUCGGGUGAAUGCGUUUCAACAAUGAAGGUCAAUAAAAGGAAAUUGGUGACCAUUCACAGCGAUCGUUUGGAAUUUACUAGCCCGUUUAUUCAUUACGUAACCAAAUGUACGUGCCAGAAGGAUUUUACGGGUACCUGGUGCGAGACACCUAUAAACGAAUGUGGGACGAACGAGUGUUCUAACGGAGGCGUUUGUUACGUGAGAACUAAUAAUGGUUUUCGAUGCGAAUGUCCGCCCAACUGGACCGGUGACAGGUGCCAGCAAGAUGUUAACGAGUGUCGACCAAAGAAUCCUUGCAUGAACGGCGGUCAAUGUUUAAAUUCACAAGGAUCUUAUAAGUGUAUUUGUUCGGAUGGAUUCACCGGAUCGAACUGUGAAAGUAGUUCAAAUGCUUGUUCAAGUUCAACUUGCCUUAAUAAUGGCGUUUGUAAAUACGAUCAAGGGAAAACCACCUGUUCAUGCCCUUAUGGUAACGGCGGUAGUAAUUGCGAAAGGGCUUCAAAGGGUUUUGAUAAACUUUCAUUUAUGGAAUAUACAUUUACUAUGGCUGGGCAGGGAAAUUCGAUUUCUAUCGAAUUAGCUACAACAUAUUCGCAUGGUUUGCUUUUCUUCUACCCAGGAAAUAGCGACGAAAAUUUAUUGGAAUUUGUGGCGCUCGAAAUUAUUGAUGGUCAUGUUCAAUUUGCCUUUGCCUUGGGUGAUGGUAGCGUUAAUAAAUUAAUGAUCAAUAAAAAGGUUAAUGACGGUAAUUGGUACCUAAUCACAGCUGUUAGAGACGCUAAGGUGGGAACACUUCAAGUGACAAGAUGUAUGAAAAAUGAGAAAGAAUGCAGAGAAUGCUUAAACGAAGAUCAAUCUUGUUUCACGAGAAAGACAUCGAAUGGAAAUUUUCAAAAUUUAAGCUCAAAAACUGGAAAAAUUUGGAUUGGAGGAACAAGCACUCUAACAUCUAUAUCACCUUUCAAGAAUCAUUUGAAAACUCACGAUUUUAGCGGUUGCAUACGUAGCAUUAUAGUCGACAACGUUGAUUUGUUUAAAACGGCGCCAAAAUCAUCUAAAAACAUUCGACCAACUUGCGGAAGGAAAGAGACCGUUAUCUGUAAAGAUGAUUCCUGCUCCAAAAAUGGAAAAUGUCAAGAUGUUUGGAACGAUAUAAGAUGCGACUGUAACGAAGGUUUUAGCGGUAGUACAUGCUCUGCAAAAUCUAAACCGAUUACCUUUGAUAAAAAUACCUAUUUGGAAUACGUUCAAACUGAUAGCUAUGUCAGAGAUAAAUUAUUUGCUAGCCAAUUGUUAUCAAGAAAAAAGAGAGCUACAUCUAACGAUGGUACAGUCGCAAUUAAAUUUAGAACAAACGAAGACGGUAAUCUACUAUAUAGUAAACAAGAUGAUAAUAAAUGGGCAUCUUUGAGGAUAGUGAAUGGUAAUGUUCGUUAUGAAAAUUCGAAUACUAUUAUCGUUACCUUAACUAAGAAGGUAACUGAUGGAGAAUGGCAUACUGUUACAGUAUCCUUUACUGACGAUAUUUCCAUUAAACUAAGCGUCGAUAGUGAAUCGAAGACAGUUAAUACUAGGACAAGUCUUGUAAAGUUAUUGGAUUUGAAUACUGUAUCAACUCUUCUAGCUGCCGCCGAAAAUGAUAAAUCUAGAAAGGGUUUUCGAGGUUGUAUUGAAUCAUUCUUAAUUGAUGGUGAAAAAACACCAUUCGAAGGGGAGAACGAACGCUUUAAAGUAACGGCAAUUGGAGAGAUAAGCUCGCUGAAUAUGAAUUGCGAAGCGGUUGUUGAGACAUCGUCAUCUAGCGACGAUAAAACACUUAUUGCAGUUAUUGUUAUUGUUGUCUGUUUCGUCUUAUUGCUAGCAGUACUGCUAAUAGUAUUUAUCUAUCGUCGCCGACUAGUGAAGAAAAGACCAGCAAGUAAGAAGGCUAAUGGACAAACACCGAAGGCUAAUGAUAGUGGGCAUAGUACACACGAUUCAGGGUAUGCCGAUCACAAUGGGGAAAUACCGACAGUUGAUAAUAGAUUCGAAGCAGAGAAUACCGUAAUAAGUCGUCAUAUUGAAGCUCAAUUAGCCUCCUGCAGAUAUAAUGAAAGAGAGGUGGCCGCUCGACCGCCAGAUAUUGUUGAACCUGAAUUAUAUGGUCGAAAUGGCCAGGUGAAUAGAGCGUACACGCCAGCUGAAGAGAGCGCAGAGAGAUACGAUUUGGACGCUGCAAGCAGUAUUGCUCCAUCAGAGAUGGACGUUGUAGCUCAUUACAAAUGCUAUAGAAACGGUCCAAUGAAACAGCAGCGUUACAGUACUACUCCAUUGUCAAUGCCAUUAAGGGAGAGCCCAAUAGGCCCUCCAUUGAAUAAUCUAAGUCGACCGUCCAGUAGAACAAGUCCAUUAGGAAUGCCUGCUAAACGCCAUAUAAUGCCCGAUUCAAUACGUUCGACGCCGCUGGGCGCACUAAAUACAUCUGUUGGGGAAAGGUCUAAAACAGUAACCCCAAUAAGCUCCGAAGCUAGUCGAAAAAGACGAUACAACCCUAUUAAUAAUACCGAGUUUACACAUUCGGAUUUAGCGGCUGUAGCUCCUUCAGUAAACACAAUAGACUCUAGUUCAGACGAAGCUAAUGCGUCUAGCGACUCAUUCACCUGCUCAGAAGUGGACGACGUUGGCUUCCGUUCAUCUCAAAUAACAACAAAACGACCUAUGACUAGGUUAGACGAAGAAAUAGAAAGUGACGUAACGAGUGGUGGUGAAGGAGUUAUGCCGAUUUAUCCUCAAAAUACAAAUUACUCAGCCUCAUCUUGGUCAACUCUUUUCUCGAAUGAGAAUCCAGCCAGUAAACAAACAAAAUUACCCCCAUCGGCUCUUGACUGGGAUCUAUUGAAUUGGGGAACUAAUUUCGAAAAUUUUGUUGCCGUAUUUAGUGAUUUAGCAAGUUUACCAGAAGAUCUUAUGGCAAAUCAUAGAUCAAGAACGCCUAGUAAUGCUAGUAGUAACCGCCAUCGGAAACGACAGCCAACACCGUCUCCAAGUGAACGAAGUAAUACAUCAACAACAUCUAGAAGAGCGUCAACAAUAUCAUCACGAUCAACGCCGAGAAAAUCACCAACAAAAUGCGUUUAUUCGCCAAAUAUUAGCUUUGAUCUCAGCACUCACGAGGAAUACGUUUAAAAUGAAAAAAAAGGAAGCUAAACAAACAAAAUUUUCAUAUAAAAAACAAACGUUGUUGAUUCUUUUUGGAACUUUUUUCUUCUUUUGCUGCUCAACUGCUAUUUAAUUUUUGGUUUUUUUUUUAAAAAAAAAGGAAAGAGACAAUGUUUUCCUCUUUUAUACAAACUUUAUAAAGAGAUGAUGUAUAAAGAACGUGUAAAAUAAGCCUGUGAUAUAUACAAUAUAUAUAUAUAUAUACAUAUAUA